UCUAUAAGAGGUAGUCGGAGGGGAACCGGUAUCUUAAGGGUUAUGGACGAUUUCGAUAGUCUAUCAAAAGAGAAUAUUCUGUAUAACAAUCGUUUAGCUUUCCAAACGGCGGAAAAGCAUUUGGGAGUACCGGCGCUGCUGGACGCCGAGGAUAUGUUCAAACACCAGGAGCCGGACCGGCUGUCCAUUGCCACAUACCUGUCCCAGUUCUACGAGUGCUUCGAGGGCUCGAAAAGUGACCGAAAACACUCCAUAACCACUACCAGUCCUACCAGUCCUACAAAUACUAACUCAAGACAAUGGGUUUUAAACAACUACUCCGGGGCUGACUAUAAGACUAACACUAACUGUAUUACUACUACUACUCCUGCCAAUGAUACCGGUGCUGCCAAAGACAUGGGUGCUGUGACUACCGGUGCUGUUGACUGUGCCGAUGGUGCCGCCAUACCGGCUAACCGGCCCAUACCUCCCAGACGUGAUAUGAAGUGUCAUAAGUGCCGCACCCGUGUCCACCACUCGGACCGCCUACUCCACGACGAGCACUGUUACCACAAGUCGUGCUAUGAGCUCAUGAGACUCGGAGAUACCGGUGCUGUCGUUGAUGGCGACCAUCAAAUAGGCCAUACAUACCAGGCUAUCAAUGCUGACACUAAUGCCAUUGAUAAGGAGAUUAAUGUAAAUGACAUUCACAUUGAUAUCAAUAGUGAAAGCAAACCCAUUGAUAAGAUAGCGAGGGUUGACACCAAUGCCACUAAAGUAGGCCAACCCGUGGGCGACCAUAUGAUGGACACCACCUCUACAGCCAUAACAAGCAGUUCUGUGACGAGUAUUCAGAGGAAUAGUGAUAAUAAUGAGUGUAUUAGUGAUAGACAAUUGAAAGACAAUAGUUUUGGUGAUAGUGAUAGUCAUCGAGAUGUGGAUGAAGUGGUGAAUGACUACGAAAGCGGUGGUCGUAUCGUCAGCACCGAUACCAUGGAAGCGGUAUUUGCGGAGGUUUUUGGCAAAAGUGUGUCCAUUAGUGAUGAUAUAGACUCUUGUGGUGCGACCACUGGUGAUGAUGACAACCACAUGACAUUACCCGUCGAUAGCAAUACCUCAAGUGAUAGGAAGGCAUCCAUUGAUAGUAAGAGAUCUAUUGAUAGCAAGACAUCCAUUGACCGCAAGUCAUCACCGGUUGAUAGGAAGAUAUCCAUUGAUAGUAAGAUAUCUAUUGAUAGCAAGACAUCCAUUGACCGCAAGUCAUCACCAGUUGAUAGGAAGGCAUCCAUUGAUAGUAAGAGAUCUAUUGAUAGCAAGACAUCCUCUGAACACAAGUCAUCACCGGUUAAUCGCAAGACAUCCGCCCUUUCCAUGAAUGCCACCAAUGAUGAGGACAUAUAUCCAGACGACAUGAAUCCCUUUGGGGACGAAGAGGAGGACGGGGAGGAAGUGGUGACCAAAACGAAGAACUUCUAUCCGGACGACAAGAAUCCGUUCGGCGAUGACGACGACGAUGAAGAGGACGGGGAGGAAGUGGUGUCCCAUAAGCAGAGGGGGGUCGCCAUCAAAGUGCGCACCCCUUCCGACGCAUUGAAUCCGUUCGGUGACAGUGAGGACGAGGAGGACAGGGAUGACAGUAACACAACACCCAAACCCAGACCCCGUACAUCACUGGUGGUGACGCCCACCGCACAACUGUCCGCCGCGUCGUCGCCCACCUCUAGCCUCAGGUCGCGAAAGAAACGACAGGCGCCCACACCUCCUACAGCCGGUGCUGUGGGUAUACCGCAGGUGAACAGCACUAGUAGUCUGAACAACAGUUACAUCAUCGGUGGCGACGACUCUGUCAUCAGUAGCCGCAGGGAUAGCGUGGUGUCGGACGUGUCAUCCGAGUUGACCACAGCCUCCCUGACCUCAUCGGUGCCCAACUCACGCACACCGACACCCCUUCCCAGACUACGGGUGCCGAAGAGUGGGGACGAGCUGUCAGACUACGACGGAACCGCCACUUCUUCGCCACGUGGGUCGGGAGCCAUGACUACCAGCGAGAGCACCGGGAGUUUAAGGGGACUCAAGAAACGGCCGGCGCCUCCCAUUCCGGCCGUCAAACGGCUGGUGAAGAGCUCGUUGGCCGACAUCGAGACCGAGUUGAAUGGUUUGGGCGAUAGGCUGCCGGUGAUUGAGGCCAAGGGUCGCGAACUGGAACGGGUGCUGAUGGCCAGGCAGAGGGUGAGCACCGGUAGUGUGGACGAGACGGGAGCUCCGGUGGCGCCCAAAGACGACCCCCUAAUGAAUGAGUUCCUAACGACAGCCCGAGAGAGGUGUCGGUUAGCCCGGCGUCAGAAGGAGUUGAUGGAUGUGGUGUUUGGUUCGGGCGGACAGUUGUGUCUAAUUGUUUGUUGUGUUGAUAGGAAACGGGAGCACCGGUUAGAGGAACUACAGGCGGAUAUUGAAUACCAGAUGCGAUGCCGGCUCAAAAGACUGGGGAAGACCUAA